AUGGGUUUCAAAACCGCAGCCGCGCUGCUCGUCGCCGCAAUCCUCAUUGGUACGCCUCCCUCCCUCCCUCGUCGCCUCAUUGCAACUGGAGCAGAUCAAGCGGCUGCCACCGCCGUGGUUCCCGCGAAGGUGCGAGUGGGCGCGGUGGUGCUCGUCGGCUCACUCGUUCCGACCUUUUCCCUUCGCUUUCUGUCUGUCUUCGCCCUUCUCCCAAUGGGAGCAAAUGCGGCAGCCAAAGAAGUGGUGCCCGCCAAGGUGCGAGUGGGCACGGUGGUGCUCGUCGGCUCACUCGCGCAGCCCAACUACGUCGACUUCGACUGGGCGCGCUGCGUGUCCGUGCCCCAAGGCGCGUCCGCGAGCAUCGACGGCGGCGCGAGCGGCGGCGCCGGCGCUGGCGUCGUGCGCCGCAGCGGCGCGGGCGGCAGUAGCGGAGGAGGAGGAGGCGCGGGAGACGCGGUGGUGUGGUGGGACGUGUUCGGUGGGGGGGAUCGCACGGUGUGCAACGCGGUGCAGCUGUUCGUGUCGCCCAACUGCUCGGGUGCUGUGGCAGCGAAUUUCAAAUAUACGGGAGAAUACCUAUUCCGUGUCUCUAAGAUCAACGCAUCAGUGAAGUCCAUCCGCGUUGAAUUUCUAAUUUACUCAAAAGCCCCUCCCACGUGCCCCUCCCCUCCCCCUGUGCGUGUUACCACCAAGAUAAGUCCAUCAGUGAAGUCCAUUCGCUGCGUGCUUGACAACAUCUGCAGCCGUGUCAAGUGCCCAGCACACUCCACGAGCAUCAAGACAAAGGAUGACCAGGAGGUGACGUUUGAGUCGACUCAAAGUUAA